GCACACCACGAGUAACACGUCUCCAUGGCAGUUUGAUUGCAACCAGCACGCAUAGGGAACUGUGUAGCUAUAUACUACAGCGCCCAUCUCAAGUACUUCUCCACUGAGUAGAUCAUCCGAAGUCCCACUCCACCGACGACCGCAACAUGAGAUGACAUGCCACGAUUGCCCUAUAGCCUCCUUUGGAAAGCCCGCGCCGUAGAUCAUUUACUUCCUCCUCUUGUCAAGCAAUGUCGAGAUGUCCACGCUGCUCAAAACGAGCUCCGAUGGCUCCGCGCGCAUGCCGAUACCCUCUCGAGGCCUAACAGCAAGGCCCACGAUGGAUUACUGAGGAAAAUGGUGGAACAAAGAUCCACGGGAAUGCCGCUACAGUACAUAUUAGGAACAGAGUUCUUUGGCGACCUGGAAAUCAAAUGUCGGCCAGGAGUGCUGAUACCGAGGCAAGAGACGGCAGCAUCUGUCACAUACCUUGCGCAACUGUUACAACGUGCGAAGAACCUCCCUUCUCAGUUGCACGUAAUGGACCUUUGUACUGGCACGGGCUGCAUACCACUUCUAUUCCAACAUGAGCUUCAUGCAGCUCGGAGAGAUAUACAAGUGUAUUGUCUUGGAGUUGAUAUCUCAACGAAGGCUCUCGACCUGGCGAAAAGUAACUUGAGAAAGCUACAGAAGACUGAGCCCGCAAUUGUACCAAACUUGAUGAAGUUUAUGCGCGCAGAUAUCCUGAAAGAACCGGACAACGAUGUGCCUUCUGUUCUCCCUUCCUUGAAAGCGGCACUAGAAUUGAACCGCAAACCUAAGCAGUGGGAUAUUUUGAUAUCAAACCCUCCCUAUAUUUCGCCAUCUGCAUAUUGGAAAACAACAACACGCUCUGUCCGUGGCUUCGAGCCAAAGCUCGCGUUGGUCCCCAAGGCCGAGCUUGGAGGCACCGACACUGAGCAAGGAGACGCAUUCUACCCGCGCCUGCUUGCGACGGCAGUAGAAAUCGACGCGAAAGUUGUUCUAUUUGAAGUGGCAGACCUGGACCAGGCUGUACGUGUUGCCCAUCUGGCGCGUAAGACUAAUGCGUUCGAUGGUAUCGAGAUCUGGCGGGAUCAGCCUGAUCAAGAUGAUCUGGAACAGGUACCUGAAAACAUAUCAAAAGAUCGCAGUUGCUUCCCUAUCAUUGGUGCUGGCAAUGGACGCUCGGUACUGUUGUACCGUGGUGUAGGUGCAUCUUGGCUUGGUAUGCCUGCACCAAUGCAGGGCACAUUGGAGCAACAACAGGUCUCGCUUUAGAAGGGAACGUUCACAAUCUUUUCUUCAACGGCCUGCAAUUAUUCAGUCGGAUAAUCCGGGGUAUCAUCAAAAUAGAAAGUCCUAGUACCUCGUACUACGAAUACAUCAGUGGCGCACGUCAUGUGGAACCAUUACACUAGUGCUUCAUUGGCCUAUGUGUUACCUAUGCGCGUCAUAUGCUCAUUCUCUAUGAACCUAAAGUAUUU